UUAGCGGAGAGUAUUUUUUUGUGGUUAGUAAUAAGAAGCAUAGAAGGCGCGAUAGUUCCUCCACCAUGGGCAAACCCAUCGAGCAAUCCUUGCGCAGCGGAACCACGAGGCUGGCAGUUGCUUUACUGGCCACCAGAUGGCAAGUGCUACAAGAUCUUCCAGAUUGGAGCUCCGUGUCCGGAGACAAUGGAACUGGGUCCAACGGCAAAAGGUCCAGGUGCUGAGUGCCGGUGUCCUCCAGGAACAGCUCAAUCUGCUGCAGAAUCAAGAUGCUGGCCGAUUUUUACCAGAGCUGAGUGUCCUGUUGGAGAUUAUUUUGCUCCUGUGGAGUCUAAUGACUCAAAAAGGUGGGGAGUGUGUAAGAAGCCAGAAAAGUGUGACCGCGGGAAAUUGUUCUGGCCCAGGGACGAAAAAUGCUACAGCAAACUGACCCGCGGGCCGUGUCAGAGAGGUCAGCUGCUUGUAGAUGGCGCUGAUGGGAUCGCAGAGUGCGGGUGUAAUACUGAAGGCGAAUUGGGGGCGUAUUACCACAGAGGAGUUGAAGAUGGCUGCUAUGAGCAUUACACAGCAGGACCUUGUUUGGAGCAAGGAGAAAUUUUCUUGCCUGGAGGUCAGUGUGGGUGUCUUAAAAGCAUUCCGCAUUAUCAUGAAGAAACAAGGAUGUGUUAUCCUUUAGGUGGGAUCGGACCGUGUAAACAAGGUCACCAUUACGUAGUCACCAACGCUAGCAUAACAAGUGACGAAAUUCACGCAACAUGUACUUGCAAACCCGGUCAUGUCCUCUACUCAGACGGUCAGUGUUACAGAAAGUACACGCGUGGCCCGUGCGAGCCGGGCAGCAUGCUAAUGAACUCCACGGCCUGCGUCCAGGUCCCCUGCAAGCGCAGCAGGCUCUACUUCCCCCGGGAGCGUACUUGCUACCGAAUUGGGACCCGGGGGCCCUGUUCCGCGGGCCAGGUAGUCCUUUAUGACCACUCCGUCAGGCCCAGUGUCGACGGGGUCAGCUACAAUGGCGUCUGCGGGUGCACAAAGCUGAUGAAGCUCUCGGGAAAGUGCCGGGACCUGGAUUUGGAGCUUGAUAAGUGCGAGAACACUCCGGGGAUGUUCCUGGUGGGUAAGAACUGCUAUAAAUUGUACACCCAGGGCCCGUGUGGGUUAGGUGAGUGGCUGGUUGCCAGGAGACGGCCUCGCGAGGCCCUCUCCUGGCCUGAUUCUUGGAUUGACGCGGGAGAUGGCGCUAGUAAGGUCACCUGCGAGUGCCGGCCUGGUUACUCAAGAGUUAAUUCUUCGGUGGUUGAUAGUGAUGUUGAAACUAAUUUACUCAGUGCUAAUCCUGUUAUAAGAAUAGCUGUAAUUGUUUUUUAA